ACUAAGUUAAUGUCCAUUUUUGUGAUGGCGGAUGAUAUUUAUAGAUCGUAGGGGUGUUGUUAGUUUUCAAUAAUAAAUGUUAUAAAAUGGAGGAGACAAAAGUUAUUUACUACAUAGACGACGAGGAGACGCCGUAUUUAGUAAAAAUACCUAUAUCUCCCGAAAAAGUGACGCUGUUGGACUUUAAAAACCAAUUAAACAGGCCCAACUACAAGUUUUUUUUCAAAUCCAUGGACGAUGAUUUUGGUGUUGUUAAAGAGGAAAUUGUUGAUGAUAACGCUCAUCUCCCGUGUUUCAACGGCCGUGUUGUGUCUUGGUUGGUGUCUGCCGAGGGUUCCAAUCCCUCCGAUGGUGCUUCACAGUGUACGGACAGUAACGCUGGCAAGGCGAAACAGAACAUCCAUGGGGCUCCCACGGUACCUUUAACCAGGGACACUUGCACGGACACCGAUAGCACAAUAAGCUCUCGACCCGGCCACAGAGCUUCCUGUGACAAGUACAAAUACCGAGGCCUCAGGAUAAACGGGCAUUCGAAAUACGGUAAUCACGGCCUAGAAUACGAAACUGCCUCAGUGCUAUCCUCAGAUCUGGACUCUACCAGUCUAUUUGACAGUCAAUCAGAGAUUACCACCACUACUGGAAGGCAUACAAAUGCAUCUGUGGACAGAGCAUUAACAGAAUGUAGCAGUGUCUCCCACCUUCAAGUCAGUUCUCGCAAAAGGCCUCAAAGACGACGGAAAAGGCCCCAGGUUAUGUCUCGUACAUCAUCCUACUCGUCCAUAACGGAUUCCACUAUGUCAAUGCAUAUAAUCACUGUGACUUUAAAUAUGGAUACGGUUAAUUUUCUUGGUAUAUCGAUAGUUGGACAGUCAAAUAAGGGUGGAGAUGGUGGUAUUUAUGUGGGCAGUAUAAUGAAGGGUGGUGCUGUGGCUCUGGAUGGUAGGAUUGAACCUGGAGAUAUGAUUUUACAGGUGAACGAUGUCAACUUUGAAGACAUGACGAAUGACGAGGCAGUGAGGGUGCUUCGUGAGGUUGUCCAAAAGCCUGGCCCCAUCAAGCUAGUGGUAGCCAAGUGCUGGGACCCCAACCCCAAGGGCUACUUCACUAUACCACGCACAGAACCUGUCAGGCCUAUAGAUCCUGGUGCGUGGGUCGCUCACACUCAAGCUCUCCGCGAGGCGUACCCUCCGCCACCCUUAUCCACCCUACCCGCCGCGUCGAUUCCAGACCGGGGUUCGGAUGCUGGCUCAUUACCGGCUGAACCCACCCUGGCCAUCGGGAUGGACAUGGCGAGAAUUGUGAGAGCUAUGCUGAGCCCUGACUCAGUGUUUGGUCGUCCAGGUUUGGAGAUCCGCGACCGUAUGUGGCUGAAGAUCACCAUCCCGAACGCGUUCAUCGGCGCCGACGUGGUGGACUGGAUCCUGCAGCACGUGGCCGGGGUUGCGGACCGACGCGACGCGAGGAAGUACGCCUCGCACAUGCUGAAGGCCGGGUUCAUCAGACACACAGUCAACAAGAUCACCUUCUCCGAGCAAUGCUACUAUGUAGCCGGAGAGCUGUGCGCGGAUAUGGCAGCCCUACGUCUGAGGAGUGCGGACCAGGACAGCCUCGCGUCAGACACCUUGGCACCCUUGCCUAACCCCAACAUGAUGGGCCCCGGAUACAUGCCCUACGCUGGCUCGUACGGAUACCAGCCCAUCCCGUUCAAGUAUAGCUCGUGCGUCACCAGCGAACACACUAUAUACGGUUACAAUCGUGAGGAGAGCGUGCUGUCCGGUAGUGGAGGUUCAAGUGCCGGGUCGGACCAUCUCACCGCGAAGGAACCAACGGCGACCCGCGAGAAUGAGGUGAAGUCAACGUCUAGUGGGUCAGGCGCAAGUGCGGCGGCGGACGGGGGAGGGGGAGGGGCCCGACGCUCUCACUCCCACUCGAGUGGCUCCGACCGCGCCACCGACAGGCCUGUGCUCUUCCUCUAACGGACAAAAUUCUAAAGUGUCCGUCACUGCCAAAUAAAAUUAUAGGAAUUUCGUACGUAUUUAUGAAAUAUAAGAACAAUAAACAAAAUCGAUAUAGACGUCUAAUGAAUACCAAAACUGAACCAAAUAUAAUCUCAUUAAAAUUUUCUUUGCUUAUUUUUUUGAGUUAAGAGCAUUUUUUUGUCAGACAAAAACAAAUCUAAACAGUUUUUUGGAAUAUCUAUCUGACUUAUAUAAUAAUUUCUGUUAUCUCCGAGCUGAUAUGUGUGUUUUUGUUUUGUUAUAUUUAGGAAAAUAAUCUUUCGAGUGCAUAUUAAUUAUGUAUGUUUUG